CCUACUUGUUGCAAUUUCCCCUAUUUCAAACCUACCUCUAAAAUUACGCCAUUAGUGCCAAAUUCCGACGGCUAUUCGCCACUCGACAACGGCGCAGCAUCUGCUCACUCUCGUUCUUCUUCAGCAACCAACUAAGCGAGCGCCAUUUUCUGUCCUCCGACGGACUCUUCCUGCCACUCAUCCUCUCCUCGCGACGGCCACACCGGCGAGUUUCUCCGUUGAGACCUACGAUUCGGCCGGUAGCGUUUCCUUCCGGCGCUCGCCCACGGCGUUUCCUUUUCCAGGGACAACGCAACACCAACCAAAUACCAAGACCCACGCAUUGCACGCCCACUCAUCUGGUGCAGCGGCGUUUGUGACGGUUUUUGACGCAUCCACGCGAUUACAACCGUCUACAGCAGCAGCCGUCAAACAGGAUCAAGGGUCCUUAAAAUUCUCCCGGCUAGUGCAUUUUGUUUUCGGAUUUUUUCUACAGAUACUUCUGGAAUGGAUUCCACUGGCUCUGCCAAAGCAAGGAAGAAAUCCAAGAACCAAUCCCCUGAAGUCAAGUUCCAGUUAGACCUCACUGACUGUUCGAGGAGGAAAGAUUUACUUUCGGCCAUAACUCUCUGCGAAACUGCAGUUUCGGAGAAGUUGAAAUUCAAUCAGCAGCACUUUAAUACUCUCCUCUACCUGUGUUCUACCGCUAUUUCUGACCCGUCCUUGAAAGAAUCUGCCGUAAGUUUUGGGUUUCGUGUAUAUAAUCUCUUGCAAUCCAUUGGUGUUAUUCCCAAUGAAGCUACAGUCACUGCUGUUGCAAGGCUCGCCGCAGCAAAAAGGGACGGCGAUUCUGCAUUUGAAUUGGUGAAAACAAUUGGGAAAUAUAAAGUUACGCCCAGGUUGCGCACUUAUGAUCCUGCAUUGAUUUGUUUCUGUGAGAAUUUGGAGGUGGAUAAGGCUUAUGAGGUGGAACAACACAUGAAUUCUGCUGGGGUGGAGUUAGAGGAACCUCAAAUUUCUGCCCUUUUGAAGCUGAGUUCAGACACAGGAAAAGAGGAUAAAGUGUACGAGUAUUUGCACAAAUUAAGACGUUUUGUGAAGUGUGUUAGUGAGUCUACUGCAAAGAUAAUUGAAGGUUGGUUUUGUAGUGAAAAGGCCUCUGAUAUUGGUGAAUCGACUAUGGAUAUCGGUCUGAUUAGGGAAGCAAUUUUAAGUAAUGGAGGGGGUUGGCAUGGAAAGGGGUGGAUUGGUAAGGGAAAUUGGGUGGUGAAAAGAACAAAUGUUUAUUCCAGUGGCAAAUGCUGUUGUUGUGCUCAACAAUUGGUUGGUGUCGAUAUUAGUUGUGCUGAGACUGAAAAUUUUGCUCAGUCUUUGGCUGCUCUCGCCAUUGAAAGAGAGGCUCAACCGAAUUUUAUAAGCUUUCAGGAAUGGUUAGAAGUACAUAAUCAUUGUGAUGCUAUUGUUGAUGGAGCAAAUGUUGGCCUCUACCAACAGAAUUUUGCAGAUUCUGGAUUUAAUCUUUCUCAGGUUGAGGCCGUUGUCAAAGAAUUAUGUAAGAUGAGCGGGGGGAAAUGGCCAUUAGUUCUCUGGCACAAUAAACGCACCAGGGCUUCAUUGGAUAAUUCUUCACAUAGAAAAGUUGUCGAGGAAUGGAUAGACAAAGGUGUUCUUUAUUCUACGCCCAUUGGCUCAAACGACGAUUGGUAUUGGCUUUAUGCCGCUGUAAAAUUGAAGUGCUUACUUGUCACAAAUGAUGAGAUGCGAGAUCAUAUUUUUGAACUUUUGGGAAACGACUUAUUUCUCAGGUGGAAGGAGAAACAUCAAAUUCGUUACACUUUUGUUAAGGGUCAACUGAGACUUGAAAUGCCUCCCCCUUAUUCUGUUGUAAUUCAGGAGUCAGAAACGGGAUCUUGGCAUGUUCCAAUUGCAGCCAACGACUCCGAACUGGAACGAACUUGGUUGUGUGUUACCAGGCCAGGUGUUUCUGCAGCCUCGGAUGUGGCGGUGAAUGGUGAAACUUGUGAAAAUAUUGAGGCUCAAGGGUCAUGUGCAUCAAUGAGCGUUAAACUGCUGGAUUCGUCGGUAGCACGUAAAAGAAAAGAAAGGCCCUCAUCCACUUCCUAGCCAUGUGGCCGAGUCCUUAUAUUGAACCAGCAAUGGGUGUGUCUAAGUUUUUUGGAUACUUCACAGGUUUGUGUUCAGCAGAAAGCAAAGCUGAUCAAUCUUUGUCUAUUUUUUGAUCUGUCUUAUUGUUAUUCUUGAUUUAGCUUAGACGAGGACAAUAUAAUAAUAACAUUUAAUUUAUUUUAAUUUUUAAUAUCGUUUUUACCGUGUA